AUGGUAUUGGCUUAUGUGGGAAAAUGCACUCAGAUUAAAAACGGCAUUGUCCGCUCAACUCUUUCACUAAGGUGCGAACCGAAAUGCACUAUCAAUGUGGAAUUCGAUGACAUGGCUGAAUCGCCAGCAGUGACGCCCACCAUUGAGGGCCUCCGGCACCAUCUCUCGUGUCUAAUUCCCGACUUUCUCAAGUGCAUCAACUACACCCAGCCCCCAAAGGCGGACCAAGAAGCCCUCAGAGAGGCCCUCCUCGAGAGAGGUCGUCAGGCCGGCUUGUAUGUCGAACCGGAAGAUGGCUCAAACAUGAGAUUCGAAGCCGGUCUCGCCGUAGCCGCGGAGAUGUACCCCCUCCAUCCCUUCGAUAUCCAGGUUCACAUCGGCCUCUUCACCUGGCUCGGCUUCAUCAUUGACGACCUCAAUGCCGAGCUGGGCUCGGACCUCGACAACUUCCAGUCGCGCUUCUUCCGCGGGGAUACGCAGCCCUGUGUCAUCCUACAGUGCUUCGCCAGUGUCUUGAGUUCGACGACAGACUAUUACGAUCCCGUUGUUGCCAAUCUGAUUGUGCUCUCCGCGUUGGCCUUUGUGAACUCCAACGCCAUCGAACUCCGCCGAGAGUACCAGACCAUCGCCUUGACGAGAGAGGCUCUCAGCUGGCCGUACUAUUUCCGGGAGAAGGAGGGUCUGCCCGAGGUUUAUACUUACUUUUGCUUCUAUAAAGAAGUGUGUCCUGACAUCUCCCGCUUCAUGCCUGCGGCGCCAGAGAUGGGAAAGUUCAUCAACUUAACGAACGAUAUUUUAUCGUAUGUGCCCUCACUACCAUGUUCUGCUCGGAGGAGAAGCUUACCUAGAAACUGCAGCUUUUACAAAGAAGAGAAGGCCGGAGAGGUUAGAAACUAUAUACACAAGAAAGCACUUUGUUCAGGCUAUAGUCCUCUACAAGUGCUAGAGUCUACUAUUUCGGAAACUGCGAUUGCUUACACUCGGACGUUAGCUAUUCUGAAGGAUAGCCACCCCUAUGAUGAUAUAUGGUACGCUUAUGCAAUGGGCUAUAUAGCGAUGCAUUUCAAUACUCGUCGGUACUACCUUGCAGAAAUAGUAUUAUAG